GGUGAUGUUGCCGUCAGAAUCAUCCAUUUUUAAAUGUUGUUUUAAUGGAAGGAUUUUCAAUAAACGUGAUUGAAGUGGCUUAUAUUACAGGUUAUAUAUUUUUUUCAUGUCAUGCCUAAAGUUUUACUGUCAGAAAUUAUUUACCUAUCCUAAACUCAAAGUAUUUCAAAGUUGCAAAUAUGUUGCUUUUCUUUGUCAGUGUAGUAUAGUGACAAAUCAUUAAAAUCUCAGGGGACAGUGUGCUUCCUUGAUUUAAUAUUGCAGAACCUCUUCUAACCAGUCACUUACCUAGUUAAACACCCACACACCACAAAGCAGCUGAUCAUGUAACUCAUAUGGCUGUGAGAACAGCAUUCUCUCUGCCAGAUUCAGAGCUUGGAAGCUGGAAAACAAUUGCAUAGCAGUGAAACACUUACGGAGUAGUGGUGCCAGCAGCUCACUCUCAUUAAUACAAACAGCUUGCUUUAGUUUUUUCAAUGCUCUUUGUCAGACACCCUUCUUCAGACACCCUUCCCUUGGGAGGUUUCAGAUCAGCAGCUCCGACUCAAGGGAAACAGCACCUACUUUCUGCAACUGUGGCCUCAAGAUCUGAUUCGUGACACCCAGAGCUGUUUCCAUUUCUGCUCUAAGUAUGGGAAGUAAUCUUGUAGUGUGGAGGAAAAACAUAUACCCUCAACUUCACCAGAUAUAAAGUGGAAAGUGCAGUGGUUCAUGAAGCAGCUGAACCAGCCACAACUUGCAUUAAAGGAAGAUAAGAUGCUCCACGUCAUUUGCAGCUUUCUUCAGAAGAAAAAUCACUAGUGCUCUGCUCUUGCCAUAAUACCAAACCUUUUGACUUAUGCUUUGGUGCUGCAACACUGGAAGAAUUGCACACAGGUUCCAGGAAUACCUUUUUUUUCAUUUGAGUGAUUCUUUGUGGAUGGAAAAAGAUUUGAGUCUUAAUAAUUACCCUGUUUUAAAGCUAUUUCUCUAUAGUCUGAACUGCUUAAUAAAUUAGGCCACUUACCAAUGAGCCACACAGUCAGUCCUUGUCAGGAGCUGGUUGAAAACUGUGCUGUGCAUGUAGCAGGGAUGGCACAAGAAGAUAGCCGUCGUGGUCAAGUGCCAUCUACCUUUUAUCAUGGUGCCAACCAGGAACUUGACCUGUCCACCAAAGUGUACAAAAGGGAAUCAGGAAGUCCUUAUUCUGUGUUAGUGGACACCAAGAUGAGCAAACCACAUCUCCAUGAAACAGAGGAGCAGCCAUAUUUCAGGGAGACAAGAGCAGUGUCUGACGUGCAUGCUGUUAAAGAAGACCGGGAGAAUUCUGAUGACACGGAAGAGGAGGAGGAGGAGGAAGUCUCCUACAAAAGGGAGCAGAUCAUAGUGGAGGUAAACCUUAAUAAUCAAACAUUAAAUGUAUCUAAAGGGGAAAAGGGUGUCUCUUCUCAGUCCAAAGAGACUCCUGUUCUUAAGACAAGCAGUGAGGAGGAAGAGGAAGAGAGUGAGGAAGAGGCCACGGAUGACAGUAAUGACUAUGGAGAAAACGAAAGGCAGAAGAAAAAGAAGAUAGUGGAGAAAGUCAGCGUUACACAAAGGAGAACGAGGAGAGCUGCCUCUGUUGCCGCAGCUGCCACUUCCCCUACUCCCAGAGCGACAAGAGGUCGUAGGAAGAGUGUAGAGCCACCUAAGCGUAAGAAGCGGGCCGCAAAGGAGCCCAAAGCGCCAGUCCAGAAAGCUAAGUGUGAAGAGAAAGAGACUCUGACCUGUGAGAAGUGCCCCAGGGUGUUUAAUACUCGCUGGUACCUGGAGAAGCACAUGAACGUUACUCAUAGGCGCAUGCAGAUUUGUGAUAAGUGUGGCAAGAAGUUUGUCCUGGAAAGUGAGCUGUCCCUUCACCAGCAAACAGACUGUGAAAAAAAUAUUCAGUGUGUUUCCUGUAAUAAAUCAUUCAAGAAACUCUGGUCCCUUCAUGAACAUAUCAAGAUCGUCCAUGGAUAUGCAGAAAAGAAAUUUUCCUGUGAAAUUUGUGAGAAGAAAUUCUAUACCAUGGCUCAUGUACGGAAACACAUGGUUGCACACACGAAAGACAUGCCAUUUACCUGUGAAACCUGUGGAAAGUCAUUCAAACGCAGUAUGUCACUCAAGGUGCACUCCUUGCAGCACUCUGGAGAGAAGCCCUUCAGAUGCGAGAACUGUGACGAAAGGUUUCAGUACAAGUACCAGCUACGCUCCCACAUGAGCAUCCACAUUGGGCACAAACAGUUCAUGUGCCAGUGGUGUGGCAAGGAUUUCAACAUGAAGCAGUACUUCGACGAACACAUGAAAACACACACUGGAGAGAAACCCUUUAUCUGUGAAAUCUGUGGCAAAAGCUUCACCAGCCGCCCCAACAUGAAGAGGCACCGCAGAACUCAUACAGGCGAGAAGCCCUAUCCGUGUGAUGUGUGCGGCCAGCGGUUCCGCUUCUCCAACAUGCUUAAGGCCCACAAGGAGAAGUGCUUUCGGGUGACCAGCCCCGUGAACGUGCCGCCUGCUGUCCAGAUCCCACUCACAACCUCCCCGGCCACCCCAGUUCCUUCUGUGGGGAGCACCCCCACGACCCCCGCCCCUCCCAUCAGCAUGAACCCCGUCAGCACGCUAACCCCUCGGCCCAUGCCCCACCCCUUCUCGCACCUUCACAUCCACGCACACCCUCACCACCCACACCACCUUCCUAUCCCCCCAGUCCCUCACCUCCCCCCACCUCCAGCUCUCUUUAAGAGUGAGCCUUUAAAUAACAGGGGCCAGGGUGAGGACACCUUUCUGCGGCACCUGGCAGAGAAGAACAGUUCAGCCCAGCAUCACUAACGUCCAUCUCCUUAAAUGUGUUCUCCACGAGUUCCAUGCCCCGGUGUGAGUUUGCAGAGUGGGGGUCGGUGAGCGUUUCUGUAGCUGUCAGACUCUCCUCAGCCUCCACCAAGAGCUUUGUCAUUGUCUUGGUGAAUCAGCACAUCCGAGGGAGUGGACAAGAAGACCUUGAGCUCACGGAGGGAACUGUCGAACCAGGGAACCACCGAACUAAAGCCCAAUUUGCUUGCAUUUUCUGGUGACUUUUAUAAAUUUCAAAUACUCAGACUUGUGGAAUUUUAUAAUUUCAUAUCAGCUGAUGAGGUAUGCUUGCUUUUAUAUCCUGGACUUCUCCUCAAAGAGGGGACAGGCCUGGUUUCCUUUGUACUAAUCGGGAAGGCUGUGACAUUAAUCCAGAGCAUUAAUUGUAUCACUGUGUAUCGUAACAUUCUUUUCAGCUUUUGGUGCUGGCUUCAGAGUUGAGCUAGCCAUGUUUCACAGUAUAUCAAGCAUUAUAGAGAAAGACAGAAAUUUUCUUCUUUGUGUAGCUCUCCUAAUGCACUCUUUAUUUUACUACAGAAAUUAUUUUAGAGUUUUUGUAUAGACUUCUUUAGUAGUCUGUUUCUAAAAUGAAAUGUAUUUCAAUAAGCAGUGUAAUUUUUUCAGUGUAGCUGGACCUAUGUUGUAAAAUAGAAAAAAUUUUUAUAAUCAUCAAAAUGUGAUUCUUAAAGAUGCAUAUAACUUCUAUAGUUCAAAGUUAUUCUUACAUCCGUACAACUCAAAGGUGCUUCAGAGACUAGAUGUAUCUGAAAGGGUCUCCAGACCAGGUUACUGCGAAAAUGAGGUUUUGCUUUCGGAAUUUGGCCUAAGUCCUUGGUAGUUUUUUAAUCUCUGCUUAACACUCGGGGGCCUGUUAGGCUCAUGGACAUGCUGUGUCCUCCAUGUUUCGUUCGAUUCAGUUAGUACGUUUGUAUGGAAUGAUUUGCAGAGGGUUGAGCCUUUUCCAGGGAGGUCACCUGAAGCUGGCCUGUUUUGAAAAUCUGAGUAAAGCUGUUCGCCGUCAAGAGGAGGAGGUGGCGGAGGCUGUUUCCUCUCAGUCACGUCUCGCUUCCCCCAGAAACGUGUUCAGGUUCAGCCUCUGUGGGACGACCAACUGAAGUCUCCUAUUACACUGCUCACUUUAAGGUUGCUUUAUUUUUCUAGAAUUGUUACAAAAAGAUAAAAUAGUACACUAAAAUCACAAACAUGAUGUUGCUGAUAGUGGCUGAGAAAUUUGGAUAAGAACACAAAUUGGUUAUGACUUUUAAAAUGUCUCUUCUAUCCAUGGAUGUAGUCACAACUUCGAGCUAUUCUAACAGUUUAAAUUGUGGUGAGAGAGAAAAAACGACGUUUUGCUGCCCUGUCCUCUGCAAGCGAUGAUGCGAUAGCAGCCUUCUUGGUGAUAAGAAGGAGAGCCGCAAAUGGGGCAGGUUUGAAAGAGUUUGGGUAACUUCUAAAGAGCAUGGUCAAUCAGGAGCUCAUUAUAAGAAAGGCUAAACAGAAGGGCUAACAGAUUGGUUAUAUUUAACUGAUCACAUUUAUCCAGACUCAGUGUAGCUAAAAAUUUUGUAAUUUUUCAUCUCAGCGAACUGAGUUUCAAAGCGAGGUCUACUUUCUUUCUUUCUCUCCCUCUCUCUCGCUCUCUCUCAUUUUUUUAAUCUUGAAAUUUCUUCAUUUUUCUUUCCUCAAGGUUUUAAAUCUUUGCCUGAAUCAGAACCCUGACUUUAUUUAUUUUUUAUUUUUAAUAUUAAGUGUGCAGAUAGACUUACAGCACUUUUCUGGCUGAUUAGCUCUGUGGUAGGAAAACUGGAACUCCUUCCAUUGAGGUUAAGUCCCUAUUUUUAAAAUAUCGCAUUCUCUGUUAGCUUUUUGGUUUAAUAUUUCCAGAUUCUUUCCUUCUGAUUACUGCCUUUGUCUUCUAUAAUGAGCAUAGGAAAAUUUGGGAAUGAGGCGGAAAAGUAGCUCAAGACAUACUUUUCCUGUUUUUUGGAUGUAACUUCUAAGGAAUGUGGUUUUAAAUAUUUGUACACAUUCUUUGAACACUCAAGUACCCAAACCAAUAAGAAAAGUUAAUUCCUUAUUUAUGACUGUUAUAUCUUUAGUGGCUGCCUCCCCUUAUUUACACGGUCUCCUUGGCAUUCCAUGACAAGUUUGUGGAUAUACACCUUUGUGUGGACAUACCAUUAUUUCAUGUCCAAGCUUGUAAUAUUAAAAUGAUGUUUAAGAUGUAAAUUACAGCUUAGUUAAUUGGUUAUACCUUAUUUUGUUCUAAAUAAAUUUACAAUAUUGGGCAGCAGUUCUGAAUUCUAGACCUGAGACCAUUGAAUCAACCAUUUUAUGAGGUGUACUAUAAUUACACACUGGAAAAUUCAGGUAGUCAUAUUUGAUUUUCCACUCAAGUGAAUAUAGCCAUAAGAAAAUAUCUACUACAUAGGAAAACCAAUAUUAAGCAAAUAAUCACCACCACCCUUAACAGAAGCAAAGAAAGGAUUAUCUUUUUUAAAAAAUCAGCAUUGUCACACAAUACAGUUCUUAGUGAAAUGUAUUGUGGAACAAUCUGGAAACUUCCAAUUUUUUUUCCCUAGAUAAGUAUACCCUCCCUGAUUUGGGGUUUGUGGUCUUCGGGAAAACUGCUCAGAAUAUAAUGACUCCUCAUCAGUGUCAUAUUACAUAUGCCUAAUGAAAUGCAUUAAGAAUAUUCAUAACAUUAAUGCUUCUGAAUAGAAGAACUGCAGAAUUAAGCCUUAAACAUAUACGUGCAUCAGGUUUAACACGCUUAAGACUCAAACUCAGGGUUAAAAUUUUGAUUGGGGUCCUUUACUAAAAUAAAAGUUGCAUUAUAUGGUGUGUUCCCUCCCACCUGUAUAGUACAGCACCCUGUGACUUCUUCAAAACUUAUUAACUACUUGUUAUCUGUUUGUGAAAAAAAGAACUAUGGAGGAGUUUGAGUUAUCAGCCCUUAUCUGUACUUAAAAUUUAAAGACAGCAAAGGCCACAUUUCAGCAUUAUAUGAUACCAAAUUGAGGCUGUUUCUCCUGACUUAAUUUUACUGUCUUCAAAGGCUUGUAUCAUUGCUAGAGUUAAGACUUACUUGAAAAUUCCCAGGUUGAGUUGCUAUUGCUUUUUAAAUUUUUCUUUGCACUUUUCUUUUCUCAUAGAUUUAUCAUUCAAAUAUAAACUCUUCCUUAGCCUUAAUGAAAGGCUGCUUGUUGCUUUCUCAAAUUGAGUGGGGCAGGCUCAUACUGAGUCAGAUUUUACAUUUGAAUGAAGAAAAUAAGAUGAACAGUUUAAAAGCAUAUGGCUUCCUUUCCAUGUAUAUUUGUGAUUUGAUCCUUAUUUUUAGCAAGCAGGAAAGUCUCCACAUAAAACUUUCCUACAGUAUUUCAAAGUAACCUUUGCAAAUCAGUUACGUAUACUUUUACAGUCUACCAUUUUUACAUUAACUGUUCUAAAUAAAUGACUGAGCGUGGACAUUACCAUAGUUGUACCAUCUUUUUAAAAACUACAUUGGUUGAAAAUACCUUUUCAUUGUGGUUAGAAUGCUCCCUAUAAUUUGAUUGUCCCUUGUAUACUAACUGGAGGCAAAAUACUCUGAAGAGAUACGUGUAAACUUUUAAUUUUCUACUUCUUGAAAUUUUUUUCACUUUUUAUGUUUUUUGAAUGGAUAUGCUUGUUUAGCUUAAUUUUUAUUUCACUGGAAGUUUUAAAUUUUAAGAAAAUCAAGGAGAAAUAGAAAUCCAUUGCAGAUGUGUAUAUAUAUUUUACCACAUCUUGAAGAUUUCCGUUAGUGAAGCACAGAAUGGUAGGUGGGGUUUUAAUGUUUAAAAAAAAAAAAGAGAGGGCUUCCCUGGUGGCGCAGUGGUUGAGAGUCCGCCUGCCGAUGCAGGGGACACGGGUUCGUGCCCCGGUCCGGGAGGAUCCCACAUGCCGCGGAGCGGCUGGGCCCAGUGAGCCAUGGCCGCUGAGCCUGCGCGUCCGGAGCCUGUGCUCCGCAAAGGGAGAGGCCACAACAGUGAGAGGCCCGCGUACCGCAAAAAAAAAAAAAAAAAAAGAGAGAGAGAAAAGAAAAGAAAACUAAAGUUAGAGAAACCCAUCUGUUUGAGCUACUGCAUAGAAGAGACAACUUCUAUUACAUCGCUGAUCCACAUGAUGAACAUUUCGAUGCUGUUCCAGACUGUAUAGGAAGUAUUUGAUGAAAAAGGGAUAAGUUACAUUUAAGAAUUUUAUCAACUAUCUCCCAUUACAAAAAUCAACUCUCUUGGAAUUCUUCAGACUAUAAAAUUGAGCAAGUAAAUAUUGGGUUUUAAUUUUCAUUUACCUAAACCAAGAUAGGAAAUUUCCCAAAAGAUCAUUUUUUUCAGGAAUGAAAGGUCAUUAGCCACUAGAGAUACUGACAUUAUUAUGUACUAGCAACACCCUAGCUAACCUGCUUCUGUCAUCUGUAGUGUUUAUAACAAAUAACAAUGACCUUCCAACCCUGGACACUACCUCGAUAAAGCAAACCAGAGAUCCUCUCUACACUUUCUAUGGAAGCCAUAAAAGUUGCCAUCAAUAGAUCUACUUUCAUAGUUCUGUACUUUUAUACUCUCUAGACUUUUUAUAGACUUUGUGAUCAGAUUUUUUUGUCUUAGAGGAUAGGUUUUGCAAGAAUCAAAGGAAAAUCAAACUCCUUGGUUGUCCCAGCUUUGAAGCUUUAGCCUCAGUAAAUUUGCUUAAAGAACUAGAUAAUGUACCACUUAUCAAAUUUUUCAUUAAACUAUUUUGCAGAAUUGCAUAUCGGGAAAACAAACUUCUCUUUCUCCUUCCCUAAGUGGAAGCUAUAUUGUUGUAAGAAACUACUUACAAAGUGGAUUUCCACCUUGUUAGACUCUGUGUAUAACUUGAUAAUAUAUGUAUUGUCAUAAUGUUCCUGGAGUUGUUUUUAUUUCCUUAUGACAGAUUAGUGAGUGUACAUCUCUCACUAAUCCUGUAUUAUCUCACUGCAGCUUCAGUCUCUCUCACUCUGUUCUUGAGUGCCUUCAAAAAGCCAGCAUCAUGGAACAUUCUUUUCCUGAUCUAAAUCCUACCUCUGAUUAUUCAUCCUCCAUGAGUAUUGGAACUCACUCUUAUUCCAAUUGAUUUGUCUCUACAAACUAGCUCUAAAACCUUGGAUGUGAAUUUUUUAUGUGUUUCUGUUUUCUUCCCCCAUGUCACUUUUAGAUUACAUUUUAAACUUUUAUUUAUAUCUUAUUUCUUCACGUAUUACAUCUCUAGUGAGGAAAGGUUUUAUCCUUAACUCCUCAUGUUCCUUUCUUUCACCAGAAAGUAGAUGUUCCUUUCAAAUUAAAGGUCAUGGAGUAUCUCUUUUGAACAUCUUGUUCUCAUCUUAGUCUUCCCGAAUGCCUCCCCUUUCUGAUUAAGGGAUCUUGAAUGCUGCUCUUGCUAGGCCCUAUUCUGACAUGCUCUCUCUCUUCGAGAAACAUUUUGCCAGGUUGUGCCCAUAAUGUUAUUUUAGUCAAAUUAAUUUAAAAUUGCUCUCUGGGUUUAUCAGAAGUCCUUUACUGAUUUUUCAUCUGCCUCUCUCAUCCUUCUGUCCCUCAAAAUCUUCCAGUUACUUUCUCUUUUGCUUGUUCACAUCUAAUUAAUUUUUUAAAUAUUGUUGAUACGUAGUAUAUGAAGGAUGUAAUAAAAAAGGAGGCUUCAGUGUGUUCUCCAUGUGAUAUGAGCACCUUAUUGAUAAAACAUUGUAGCAAUUGGCUCAUCUUUCACAGUCAGAACUGCAGUGUGUGCUGUGUACAGGUCUCUUGCUCCCUUUUUCUCCUCCCAAACUGAAAACAAAUAGAACUCAUUAAAAUGAGGAAAUUUGAUGGCUUUUUUUUAAGUGAAUGAAAG